UGGCGGCGCUUCCUGUCUGCGGCCGGUGCCGUUGGGUCCCGGCGGGAGCGGCGCGAGCGGGGCCGCGCGGAGAGGGCGCCGCGGGACUUGAAAGACUGAGCUGUUGUUAACAAGACACCUACUGAAACAUGGUGGAUUACUAUGAAGUUCUGGGAGUGCAAAAGCAUGCCUCAGCAGAGGAUAUUAAAAAAGCGUACCGUAAGUUGGCACUAAAAUGGCACCCUGAUAAAAAUCCAGACAAUAAAGAUGAGGCAGAACGGCAAUUUAAACAAGUAGCUGAGGCCUAUGAAGUUUUGUCAGAUGCUAAAAAACGUGACAUCUAUGACAGAUAUGGAAAAGAAGGCCUAAUAAAUGGAGGCGGAGGUGGAAAUCAUCACGAUAAUGCUUUUGAUUUUGGAUUUACAUUCCGUAACCCAGAUGAUGUCUUCAGGGAGUUUUUUGGUGGAAGGGACCCCUUUUCAUUUGACUUCUUUGAAGACCCUUUUGAGGACUUCUUUGGGGGCAGACGGGGUCCAAGGGGAAGCAGAAGCAGAGGUGGUGGAUCAUUUUUCUCUGCCUUUGGAGGAUUCCCUACUUUUGGAAGUGGUUUUACUCCAUUUGACGCAGGUUUUACUUCGUUUGGUUCUCUGGGACAUGGGGGCAUUACUUCGUCGUUCUCCUCUUCGUCAUUUGGUGGUGGCGGGAUGGGCAACUUCAAAUCAGUAUCAACCUCAACUAAAAUAGUUAAUGGCAGAAAAAUUACUACAAAGAGGAUUAUUGAGAAUGGACAAGAGAGAGUAGAAGUUGAAGAAGAUGGCCAGUUAAGGUCGCUAACAAUAAAUGGGGAGGCAGAUGAAGAAGCCUUUGCCGAGGAGUGCCGACGGAGAGGACAACACGCGCUGCCUUCCCAGCCGGCCAACGCUCGCCUGCAGAAGUCUCACAAGCCUGCCAGUUCCCCUCGAUAUGCCUUUCAUUUUAAUAGUGACGAGGUGGAAGAACAGGAUAGAAGCCGGGUCAUGAGCAGCUUCGAGGCCCCUUUUCAUUUAUCAGGAUACAAAGAAGUCAGCAAGAGGAGGAAGCAGAAGCAGAGAGAGGAACAGAAGAAGAAGAAGUCAACCAAAGGGAGUUACUAAAAUGGACUUCUCUGCUAUGCCAAUACCUUUAUAAUAAUGACAACUUCAUGUUACCUUUGAGCGCACCUCUUUUGUGUAUAUUUUUUGAUUGUUCACACUGCUAGCAAGGAAGUGACUCAUGUUUAAAACUGUACUAAAAUUGCACUAUGUUAUUCCUUUUAGUUUCACGGAGUGGCUUUCUUGCCAGUCAGGUUAGGGAAUUCGGACGACGCUGGUCGAGGUUAGGAGUGUUUUAUGUUCGAAGAUUGGAAGGCAUUACAGAACUUCUUGCCUCUUCCUUCCCUGGGACUAAAACGACUCUGUUCUAGUGUUUGUUAUUUGUCUUGUAGGAGACAAAGGGUUGUGCAAAUGCCUGUUUGUUUGGUCGGUGGCAUCAACAUCAGGCCUGUUAAAAGAGGAGUCCUGUUCAGUCAUGUCAUUGGGAAUGGGACUGAGACAUGAGCUCUUAUAGGGUAAUUUAUGCAAGCUUAAUAAGAGAUUUUUAUGGUUGGGGUUUUGUUUAGUUUUCCCCCCCCCCAGGCUGAGCAGUUUUGUCCCUGAUAUUAAAAUGUUCCUACAUUUUAGACUGUAUCCUGAGGUUAUAUCCUCUGAUUUUAAGAAGCGUAGUGUAAGGAUGGCCUCCUGUAUGUACUCCUACUGAUUUCUUUAAGCUUAGUUGACUCCUGAUGAAUAAUUUAGUGAAAUCAUUCCUUAUUUUAAAAGUUUAUUUUCAGAACCUAGAGACAAAUGAUCCAAGUGCUACUUUAAAACUGCUCUUUGUUUCUGCUGAGUAGGCUUUAGAUAAUAAACAUUUUUUCAGCAUCCAUAUAAGAUUUUAUCCAGUUGUUUCUGCAAAGAACUUAUACUUUUAUGUAUGAAAAUGUUUUACAUCAGUUUUAUUGCAGGACUAAUUUUUUUUUAGCUUGAAAAGAUGUCUUAGAUUUAAAAUAAAUACAUAUUUUCUGGCAAGAUGACUUCCUUGCUUCCCGUGCUUGUCUCAUGUGCAUGACACAUUGCUUCUCUUAACCUUUCAGUGUGUACAGAGCCCUUCUGUUGCCUUUAGCAUUUACCUGCAUGUUUCUUGUCAGUAUGUUGUCUCCUCUUUUUAACCUCCAGGUAGGAGUUAGCAGCUUAUGGUUUUGUUUUGUUCCUUUUGUCUUCCUCUUGCCAAUACGUUGUUAUUGUAACAGCCUUAAACCUGGCAAUAUUGAAAGUCCACAAUUCCUGGAGAAACUCACUCGUCCUAACAUUUAAAAGAUGUAGGAAUGCACAUAAUGGUGUAAGAGAGAAGCUAAACAGAAAGUCAAGUCUGCAUUUUAGCAUGGUUUGAUAUAACAAAUUCUGGUGUCUCUGGUAUCUGAAUGGUUUAGCUUCAAUUACCCCAUGUAACCCUCUGCAAGCACAGAGUUUGUGAACUCUGUUAGGGGAUGUAAAUUACGGUUCCUAUCAAAUACGACUGAGUACCAGUUUUCUGUCACUUAAGUACCACUUUUUUUGUGCAGUGUUACUAAUAUUUAAAAAUAAAGAAAAUCUGCCUUUA